GCACGCUCUUCGACGCAGGCGGCUGGCUCCCAUGAGUCUUUACGGCUGGAUUUGAAAAAGAACACGCGGGGCAGGUAUCUGUCCUUGGGGAGAACGGGAACUAAAGAUCAAAUUUGGUCGCUGGUGGCGGCCCUUAAAGGAGCGCCCACGGUGGCUUUUGGAAGCUGAAUUAGGUGACUGCCUCCUUAAGGCGGCAUUUUUCUUGGUGGAAGUGGCGUUGCUGGUGUUUGCCGCACUCUUGUUCCUGUGAUGAGCGGGGACUGGGACUGGAUUGAUUUCUGCUGUCUAGCCUAGUGAGGGGAGACCCGAUCUCGCUGUAUAGUUCUGAAAGAUGGAGGCAAAUUUGGAUAAGCCAGCAAUGCCCAGACCAUCCUUUCUUUCUGCUGUUGAAUUGUCUCCAAGAACUUGUCCUGUGGAUGCUAGUGAUAUUAAGAAAAAUCUCUAUGGUGACUUUUCUUCAGUCUGUGAUAUAAACCAGAGAGAGAGCCUGGAAUCCAGAGAACGCAUUCGUGUUUGCCUCCGCAUUAAACCAUUGAUGCAGUGGGAACAGGAGAGUGAUUCUGAGGAAUGCAUUUCUGUUCUUGAUGCAGCAAGUGUUAUCUUAAAAGCUCCCAAGAGUUCCAAGGUGUUCCGGCUUAGUGAAAAAAACUUGGGACACUUGGUGCAGAAAUUUACUUUUUCACAGGUAUUUGGCUCUGGAACAACCCAAGAAGAGCUUUUUGAAGGUACUGUGAAGCAGCCAGUGCUAGACUUCCUGAAGGGACACAGUCGCCUCAUAUUUACCUAUGGGGUUACAAAUGCUGGAAAAACAUACACGUACCAAGGCACUGACGAAGAUGGUGGCAUUCUCCCAAGGGCACUGGAUAUGUUGUUUAAACGCAUUCAAGGCAAACUGUAUCCAGAGAUGGAUCUCAAACCCCAUCGAUGCAGAGAACACCGAAGGCUGACAAAACAAGAAAUGAGAGAAGAAACGUCUGUCAAAAACUCACUACUUCGUCUCAUGAAAGAGGUAGAUUAUCCAAGUGGCAUUAAUCGUAAUCACAUCAGAACUGCCGACCAUUCUGAAGAGCCAGAGGAACCAGUAAAAGAAGCAGAACACUCUAAAAUGGAAGAGGAGAGAGGUGCAAAAUUCUCUGUCUGGGUUUCCUUUUGUGAAAUUUACAAUGAGUGUGUUUAUGACCUGCUGCUCCCAAUAUCCAAUGAAAAGAGAAGAAAGGUGCUGCGCCUUGCACAGGACGUAAAAGGCUGUUUGUAUGUUAAAGAUCUGCAAUGGAUUCAGGUUUCAAAUUUUAAAGAAGCUUUUAAGCUCAUGAAACUAGGCCUGAAGCAUCAGAGUUUUGCUUCGACAAAACUGAAUGCCAAUUCCAGUAGAAGCCACAGUAUAUUCACGGUGAAAAUGCUAAAAAUUGAUUCUGAAGCAACUCGUGUGAUACAAGUCAAUGAAUUAUUUCUCUGUGACCUUGCUGGCUCAGAGCGUUGUACCAGAACUCGCAACGAAGGAGAGAGAUUGAAAGAGAGUGGGAAUAUUAACACUUCAUUGCUCAUUCUAGGCAAAUGCAUCAAUGCCCUGAAGAUGAGCCAGCAAUCAAAGCUGCAGCAUCACAUCCCCUUUCGUGAAAGUAAGCUCACUCACUUCUUUCAAGGCUUCUUCAGUGGUAAAGGGAAGGUGUGCAUGAUAGUGAAUGUCAGCCAGAACACCUCUGCAUAUGACGAAACACUCAAUGUGCUAAAGUUUUCAGCAAUUGCUCAAAAAGUUAUGGUCCUAGAUUCGACCAAUUCUCCCCCACAAGAGUCAUUUGAGCAAAUAUCUGUCAAAGCGGAAUCUGAAGAUGAUGUGUGUCUGUCCAUUAAAAGAGCAACGUUACUCUGGGAGAGGACUCUGGAGGAUGUGAUGGAAGAUGAAGAGGAGGAAGAGGAGCUGGUAGAAGAUGACAAUGGGAUGUAUGAGGUCAACUGUGUGACAGAAAGCAGACAUGUGACAGAGGCUGAGCCUGACGUGACAGAAGAGGCAACAAGCCAGAUGUCAGAUGAAGACAGCAACAUUGUCAUUGGAAAAGAAGAGUAUCAGAGGCUGCUCGAUAUAAUAGAAGAUCUGAAAAACAAACUGAUUGGCGAAAAGAAGGGCAAGCUGCUCAUGGAGCUAAGAAUCCGUGAAGAGGUCACACAGGAGUGUGUUCGGUAUCUUGCUGAAAAGGAGAGCAAUCUCAAGAAGUUUGUUGACUGGAAGCAAGAAAUGAUGGAGGACAACUGUGAGGAGCGCAUGAAGAUUUACAAGGACCUGAUGAAGGAAUGUAUCCCACUGACAAAUGGCAGAGGAGGAGACGAAGAGACUCAAGAGGCACAGUCUAAUGAGCAGCUUGGAAUGCCGGGAGGGGAAGCUAGAGAGCCAAGCAAUGCCACUGAUCUUUCCUGCAUGGUCGAGUCCCUGCAAGAGAAUGUUGCUGAUAUUAAGCAGCAGGCUGAAAUAGCAUACGGGAUACUCGAUGCCUUAGAAGAGCCCCAAACGACUAUUAAGCAGCUUGAAAAACAACUGGCAGAGGUUACCGCUGCAUUAUCGGAAACUCAAGCGAAGCUCCUGUGCAGGAGCGAGGAGGUGACAAUAAGAGAGAAUAAACUGAGUGAAUCUGCUAAAGUACUUCAAGAUGCUACUGAGAAAAUGGCUCUUCAGAACCAACGCAUCCAAGAACUCAGUCAAGUUGUGGAGCAAAAGGAUGACGAAAUAAGAAGGCUGCAAGUUCUGAUAAGUCAGUUGGAAGCAAUCAUAAGAGAGUCUGAGAACACAAUCACCAGUAUUAAACAAGAAAUGGAGCAAGAGAACCCUAUCAAAGCAAGCUGCUUCCAUUCUAGUGAGCCCAUGGAGAGAAAUGUGGGUGGUGGAAGAAAGCGAUGUUUAGAAAGUGCAGAGGAGGUGGAAGGUCCACCUGCAAAGCAAGGGUCGGUUACCAACCAUUCUAAAGAUGCUAUAGAGGCAAAGAGCCCUCAAGAAAUGCAACCCCCCACUUUGAAGGAAAAGGGAGAGAUGGUGGUACUGCGAGAAACCAACCAAAUGCUAGAAAUGCAGUUGGCUGCACUUAGAGAGGAAUUGGGCAAAGAGAAAAAUGAGAAUGAGGGCUUUUCUAGAAAGAUGACUAGCUUGUGCCAGGAGCUUUCUUCUUCAGAAGAAAAGGCUUCUGCUUUGAGCAGGGAACUCUACCAGCAGCAGGCUAAUUGUGGGAAGAUAAUGUCUGAAUUAGUCAUGCUGAGAGAUAAAAAUAAGGACCAAGAAGAGAAGCUUCAGGUGCUGCUUCAAGAAAUAGAGACUGCUAGCCAAAAUAUUGCAGAGAAAAAAUCCACGAUAAAGGCAGUUGAAGUAAAAAUAGGUGAGCUAAACAAGAUAAGUCUGCAGUAUCCUGCUGUGGAUGUUGACUUGGCAAAUCGAAUAGAGAUGACAGAGUUACCCAAAGAGAAGCCUGAACAAACUCAGGUGAACCUUGGUCGAAACAGCUCAUUUCACCACAGCAUUGAAAAUAUCUGGGAAGUGAGCAAGCAGAUAGUUCAUGCUUCUUCUCAAAAGAGCACCCAGAUUGAAGACCUUCUCCAACAAGUGGAGCAGUUGCGGAGGAACUCCUUGGAGGCUGAAGAUGAGAUAUCUCUGCUAAAGUUGAAGCUGAGUGAAAUGGCGAGUCAGAGGGACGCAUCCUUGCAGGAAAAUAAGUGCCUCCUUAAUCAGUUAAGGGACUUGCAACAUGAAAAUGCGUGUUAUGCUGAAAAAUAUCAGGAAGAGGAAAACAGAACCCUUGGCUAUUUUGAGAAAAUUAAAAAAAAUGAUGGUCUGUUGGAAGAGUGUAGGUUGAAAGAGGCCAGUAUAGCCUGUUUAGAGCGAACACUGACAGAGAAAGAAUCAGCCAUUUUAGCCAUGGAAAGAGAGGUAAAAGACAUGCGGGAGAAACUCAGCCUUUCAGAAUCUAAAAUACAAAGGUUAAAUGAUCAUGAAUCACAGUUGAAGGCACAAGUUCUAGAACUGAAGAAUAAAGUGAGAACUUUUGAACUUCAGGAAAAGGAUAAGGAAGAAUCAAAGCAAGCUGUUGAACGGUUGAAGAAAGAGCUCUCUGAGAGCACUGCUCUUUCCUCCCGUCUGCAGAUAGAAAUCCAACGGAAAGAUGAUGAAUUUGCUGACCUGAAGGAGAAACUGGCAGAUGCCAAAAAACAAAUUGAACAAGUUCAGAGACAGGUGGGCGGCAUGCGUGCUGAAGAGAAAUUACUACGGAAUAAAGUCAGUGAACUUGAAAAGGCCAAAAACCAGCUAACUGAAGAGCUAGACCUCAAGCAGCGAACAAUCCAGGAAUUUAAGAAGGAAGAGCUGAAUAAGAAACUUGAGGAUACUUUACAGCAGUAUCAGAGAGCAUGUAAAGAUGUAUGUUCCAAAGAAAAAAUAAUUGAAGAUAUGAAACUGACUUUAGAGGAGCAAGAACAAACUCAAUCACAGCAAGACCGACUACUUGAGGCCAAUUUAGAAGAGAAUGAAAAACUCAUGGCAGAUAAAGAAGAGUGGGUAAAAAAGUACCAUGAGUUAGAGAAGCAGAUGAAGAAUCUGGAGCAAAGGAAUGUUAAUGUAGAAUGUGAAAAAAGCACAGAGUUGCUUCAUGAAGAACUAAAAAAAUUGGAAGAGAAAUUGAAGGAGUGUGAAGAACAACAUAAGGCAGAUCGCAAAAAGUGGCUAGCAGAAAAAAUGACUCUCAUAACUCAGGCAAAAGAAGCAGAGACUCACCGUAACAGAGAUAUGAAACGAUAUGCUGGAGACAGAGAGUACCAUGCAAAGCAGCUGGCAGAAGCAGAAAAACUUGUGACAGAAAAAGAUAAUGAUCUUCAAAAAUGGCGAACAGAAAGAGAUCAGCUGGUGGCAGCCCUGGAAGUUCAACUUAGUUCUCUGGUUUCGAGUAAUGCACAAAAAGACAAAGAAAUAGAAGAGCUGAAAAAGUGUGUACUGAAAACGUCCGGGAAGGAUUGUAGAACUACCACUGAAGAAGUUGGAGAUGAUAGUACCAAGGUAUUAAGACAGUCUAAUUGUGAGAACUUCAUGACUGUUUCUCCCAUUCUAAAUGGAGCAGAAGAAAGCAAGAUGGACAACCUCUCUAACUGUAAAGAGUGUAAAGAAAAACAACUUGACCUGCCAAACUGCAGCAAUGCUGAGGAAAAGGAUUUAUUGCAACAAAGUUCUAGCAGGGCAUCUUUAGAAGAAAAUAUUCAGGACCAGUCGGACACCAUCCUAGAUUCUUGUGAAGUAUCCUCAGAGGGUGAUCAAACCAGUCGAUUUCCAAAACCUGAAAUGGAGAUUCAGUUCACACCUCUGCAGCCCAAUAAGAUGGAAGUGAAGCAUCAGGGAAGCCCUUCUGCGGUGACCAUAAAAGUCUCCAAGGCAAGGAAAAGGAAGAGCAAUGCCAUGGAUGAGGACUUCUUGAAGAGUGAAAAUGAGAAGAAUGCUACAUCCCCAGCAAAUAACUGGUCUGAUGCAUUGAUCCAAGAAAAGAAAAAGACGGUUGCUGACUCCUCUCAUAGAAAGGAUUAUUCUCUAAGAAGUAAACAUUUAGCACAGAGUAUAAAAUCAUCUGGGAAUGGAGGUGGGACACUACAGAAAGUUGGCUAUUUCUUCCAGAGUUCUCCUACAAUCCUACAGUCCAAAGCAAAAAAGCUGAUAGAAACGAUAAAAUCUCCCAAAUCUAACGAGCAGGAGUCUGUUAAUUAUGUCAAGCCAAAGCGAGCUAAGCGCAAGUUGUACUCAACUGACAUUUCUUCACCUAUGGAGUUCUCUGGACAUGUGAUUGUUAUGGAUCAAAAGGAAAGUGAUCACGAAAUCAUCAAGCGACGGCUCCGAACAAAGAAAACACAUUAAUUUUAAUGUGGUUUUUUUUAAAAAAAACAAAUAGAGAAUCAUAUACAUAAUUUAAAUCUCAGUGGUUGAAUUUCAGAGCAUAGCUCUUCUAAAGUGACAAGUGGGUAUAGAUUGGAAAUGGUGUCAAUUUGUACUAUUAGUUAUAUGUACAUAAUAACCUUUGUGCUUCCUCUUAGUGUUUUGAAAUCCCUUUGUUGGCACUUUUUUAAAAAAAAAUGGGGAUAGGGAAAAUUAAAAUAAUAUGUGCCACUUAGGUGUCUGUGU